AACACAGAGUGAAUCAUUCACCUACUCGAGAGUGGUUCAGCUUUUUCGUUCCGUACAUCUUCUUCCCAGCUGAUUCAAGGUUUGUUUUUAGAAAUAUGGCUGAGGCUUCUGCUGUUGCUCCAAAUGCUGACUUGUUGGAAUGGCCAAAGAAGGAUAACCGUCGUUUUCUCCAUGUUGUUUACCGCGUUGGUGAUCUUGAUCGUACCAUUGCGUUUUACACUGAGUGCUUUGGUAUGAAGCUGUUGAGGAAAAGAGAUGUCCCUGAGGAGAAGUAUUCUAAUGCUUUUCUUGGUUUUGGACCUGAAACUUCUAACUUUGUUGUGGAGCUGACGUAUAACUAUGGUGUUAGCUCAUAUGAUAUUGGAACUGGAUUUGGGCAUUUUGCCAUUUCAACUCAAGAUGUUUCCAAACUGGUUGAGUCCGUCCGUGCCAAGGGUGGAAAUGUGACUAGGGAACCGGGUCCGGUCAAAGGUGGAGGCAGUGUCAUUGCGUUUGUGAAGGACCCUGAUGGCUACACUUUUGAGCUCAUCCAGAGAGGUCCAACUCCUGAACCUUUCUGUCAAGUCAUGCUUCGUGUCGGUGAUCUCGACCGUGCCAUCAAAUUCUAUGAAAAGGCCCUGGGGAUGAGACUCUUGAGAAAGAUUGAGAGACCUGAGUACAAGUACACCAUAGGCAUGAUGGGAUAUGCUGAAGAAUACGAGUCGAUAGUUUUGGAGCUGACCUAUAACUACGACGUGACUGAGUACACAAAGGGCAAUGCAUAUGCACAGAUUGCAAUAGGCACAGAUGAUGUGUACAAAAGCGGUGAAGUUAUUAAGAUAGUCAACCAAGAGCUAGGAGGAAAGAUCACUAGAGAAGCCGGACCUCUUCCUGGACUCGGCACCAAGAUUGUCUCAUUCCUCGAUCCAGAUGGCUGGAAAACGGUUUUGGUGGACAACAAAGAUUUUCUGAAGGAACUGGAAUGAGAAGAGCGAUGAUGGUUGAGAUCACAAAACCAUAAUAAUAAAAAUGUGAUCAUAAAUAAAGGAAGACUAAGUGCUUGAUCUAAAAUAAGAAGAUGUGGUUUAGUUUGUGUCGUGCUAUGUGUGCUCGUUUCUUUUGUCUUUGAGCUAAAACUCUAGUCUCUAUGGACCUGAAUAAAAAUAUUUCCACCAC